AACUCCACUCAUACCACUACUUAUCCUAAUCAGGUACUUUUAAGAAACCUCCUAAACCUAUUUAAUGUAGACCUUUCAGUAAGUACCGUGUACUAGCUAGCUAGUCUUAAUUCAUUCAUGGGAAAAUACCUUCUGCUGUUCAAUUGUAUCUUGUUAGCCGUUAGCAGCGCUGGCGGACCGCUUUUACUCCGUCUCUACUUCAUUCAUGGCGGUAAGAGAUUAUGGUUAUCAAGUUGGCUAGAAACUGCAGGGUGGCCGAUUUUAUUUCUUCCCCUUUCACUUUCUUACUUCCUCAAACGCCGCAGAUUCAAAAACGGCCAAGACGAAAAACCAAGUAAAUUCUUCAUGAUCACACCAUUUCUCUUCAUGGCUAGUGCUUUCAUCGGACUCUUAGUUGGCUUGGAUGAUUACUUGUAUACUUAUGGGGUUUCUCUUCUGCCCGUCUCAACAUCUGCCCUGAUAAUGUCUACGCAUCUGGCCUUUACGGCUGGCUUCGCUCUUUUUAUGGUUAAGCAAAAAUUCACCUCAUACUCGGUAAAUGCAGUUAUUUUAUUAACAGUCGGAGCUAUACUUCUGGGUCUUCAUUCAAACGGUGAUACACCCGUACAUGAGUCGAACAGAGAUUACUAUCUGGGUUUCGUUAUGACAAUCGGAGCAUCUAUUAUUGGCGGAUUAUUGCUGCCGUUGGUUGAGUUGAUGUACAAGAAAUCAAAACAAACCAUAACAUACAGUUUGGUGAUAGAGCUGCAGAUUGUGAUAUCUGUUUUUGCAACUCUUCUCUGCACUGUCGGGAUGCUUGUCAACAAUGACUUCAAGGUAAUUCAAAGAGAAGGAAAAGAGUACGAGCUCGGAGAGACGAACUAUUACGUAGUGCUUGUAGCUAGUUCAAUAACUUGGCAGCUGUGCUACUUGGGAACAAUAGGAGUUAUUUUUUGCUCUACAUCUUUACUUGCUGGAGUUAUAGGUGCUGUUGUACUACCAGUUAUAGAGAUCCUAGCAGUCAUAUUCUAUCACGAGAGUUUCAAAGCUGAAAAGGGCAUCGCUUUAUUCCUCUCGCUCUGGGGUUUCAUCUCUUACUUCUACCUUGAAAUCAAAGAAAGUACGAAACCAAAGAAGAAGCGGAGUUUGGAGUUAGAACAAGGUGACUUGACUGUUUCUUCGCAGUCAAACUAGAAAAUGGAUGUCUCUAAAUGUUCGGAUAUAUUUUAUGUAAGUUUGUAAUUAGUGGUCUCAUUGUCGAAUAGGAGGUGCAUUUAUGUUAUUUUGUGAAGUUGAUACUUGAUAUUAUAGGACCCUAAAACAUUCAGGGAACAUGUUAACAAAGGUCUCACUUUCACAACCCAAGUCUUUUUCAUUCUUGGAGAGACUAUAGUUUGGUUCGGUGCAGUUUUGUUAGUCGUAUAAGAUAUGUUUUUCCAAACUUCAUGCUAGGUCAGGUCUUGCUACGGGGAUGUAUAACUUUGUUUGGGGUGCAACUAAGCAUAUAUAGACUUGCGAAGC